UUUAUUAGAAUUAGGGCGGUAUGAAGUCACAGGUGCCUGUAAUAGGUUAAGGGGGGGAUAGAAUGGAUGCAUCAUGGCAGUGCGGGGAUCUCUGCAGCAGAUGCAGAUGUGUCUGGUUUCUAAUAAGCCACCACUUCUGUCUGCCCCGACGUCUCAGCCCUUCCCCUCCGAGCCGAGGCGAGAUGGGUUGGGGGAUUGGGGACGGCGUAGGGUGGGGGAUAAUGAGCUAACAUGCCAAAUCCUCUGUUUCCAGGCAGGUCAGCGAUGUGAUCUCAGGCUUGAUCCAUAUUCAUAAUAUCACCGUGUGUUGUCAUCUUCUAUAUCAGAAGCUUUACACAUCCAUCCAGCCCGCCUCCCCGUCUCCUCCAUUGGUCGCAUCCUCGGGAGCCCUGGGAGCCCAUUGGUCGCUCGGAGCACCUGUCAGACUAAAAUGCUCCUUUUAUUCCGUCUAAAGGAGAAAGAAACAGUCACAAAGCAGAACACGAGGGAGAGAGAGAGAGAGAGAGAGAAGAAGAACGAGGCCGGGAGGAAACCAUGACGGACAAAGACCACCGCCGCUUCAAGUAGACCCCUCCAGGAGGCGUCUCCAUAGGGUUGGGGAAGCCAAGGACCAAGAGACGAAGACAAAGAAUGAUAGACCCCAGCCCGUAACAGCUGACGGCGGAGAGUUGAAGACCACCAUCUUCUUCAUCGGUGGGGACCACGAGACCGCAGCCUGCUAGACGAUCCAUCUACUUACACCCGGACUAUUGUCUUCUUCUGAUCUCAUGCCUCAUAUCCAUUCCAUAAGAAUGAAGAGAUCAAUUCCUUGGACUAAGACCUGGACCCUUCUGCUCAUUUGCCAGUCAUCGUACAUCUCCGGUUUGGCGUUCUGUCCUCCUCAAUGUGUCUGUGAGACAAGGCCCUGGUUCACACCACAGUCCGUGUACCACGAAGCGAAAACAGUGGACUGCAAUGACCUACUCCUGACCCACAUCCCGGAAAACAUCUCCAUCGACACCCAAGUGCUCCUUCUACAGAGUAAUAAGAUUUCACAUAUGGGAUGGGAGCUUCAAGAUCUGGUCAACCUUACCGAACUUGACUUGUCUCAAAACCACUUCCAGAGCAUUCAGGAUUUAAGCGUGUCCAACCUUUCCCAUCUCAUCACCCUUUAUCUAGAGGAGAAUCAGCUUACAGAGCUGCCGGACUAUUGCCUAAAAGAUCUCGAGAGUUUAGAAGAACUAUAUAUAAAUCACAACCAGAUCAAUUAUAUCGGUCCUCGAGCCUUUGCCGGCUUGGGAAAGCUACUGAGACUUCACCUCAAUGCCAACCGUCUACGUGUCAUCGACUCCACAUGGUUCGAAGACCUUCCAAAUCUCGAAAUACUUAUGAUUGGGGAGAAUCCCGUAAGCGCCCUUCAAAACUUGAAUUUUCAACCUCUUGGAAGGUUACAUAGUCUAGUACUUGCGGGGAUGGAACUCAACUGGGUUCCAGAAAAUGCCUUCUUUGGGUUGGACUACCUGGAAAGCCUCUCAUUUUUCGAUAACCGUCUGACUUCUGUCCCCAAGGAAGCACUGAAGCACUUGAAACUGCUGAAGUUCUUGGACCUUAACAAAAAUCCCAUAAGUAGAAUUCGGACUGGAGAUUUCAAAGACAUGCCUCAUCUUGAGGAACUCAGCCUAAAUUCAAUGGAGGAUCUAGAACGUGUGGAAGCCGAAGCUUUCCAGGACCUACCGGAGCUUAUUAAAUUAGAAAUUUUCAACAAUCCUAGGUUGACCUACCUGGACCCCAGUGCCUUUGGGCCCAACGUUGGUGCUUUGAAGACUUUACUUCUUAGCAAUAAUCGAUUGGCACUAAUACCGCUUAAAGUAUUUCAGACACUACCGGGAUUAUCUGAAAUCAGCUUAUACAGUAAUCCUCUGCGCUGUGAUUGCCAGAACAACUGGAAGGGACUCUCAUCAGUUCAGCUGAUAGAAGCCCAAGCCACACUUUGUACCAGCCCACCGCUGGUUAGUGGACACCUCUUCCAGGAAAUACAAGGACAAGCUUGGUUAAGUCGCUGUCCUCCACUAAUAGAUGAACAUUCUUUCCCGUCCCGGCUUCACCUUUCCAAACACCAGCUGGUGACUCUCAAUUGCCAAGCCAGUGGUCACCCAAAGCCUGAAAUAUACUGGAUAACCCCUCACGGAGAAAGAAUAUCGGGAGGAACGGGACGAAUCCAUAUCCUAGCCGAGGGUUCUCUGGAGAUUUUGGAUGCCACCGAAGAAGACUCUGGGUCAUACAUGUGCCAAAUGUGGAACUCAGAUGGUACAGACAGUAAAAGUGUUGUCGUCUUCAUCAAUGGGACUGAGGAGCAAGAGUUCACUUCUCUUUCCAUAGUUACCAAGAAGGUCCAUUCCAAUUUCGUUGUGGUGGAGUGGAAGAUGUUAGGUGGGCCAGCCAAUGCGCCCAACGUCCUUGUUCCAGCCUUAUGGACCUCUGCGACCAUGAGGAUACACAACCCACAUAUUAGUUACACUGCCAAAGUUCCUUUAGAUAUACAAGAGUACAACCUGACACAUCUACAGCCAGCCACCAAGUAUGAGGUUUGCUUCACUGUGUCAUCCCUGUCCCGGCCCAGUCAACAGUCUUGUCUCAAUGUGACCACCAAAGACGCUUCUUUUUCCGUGGCUGCGGUCGGCCGGCCGGUCAGUAUUGCCCUCUCAGCAGCUCUAGGCUCCCUCAUUGCUGGACUAUGCAUGGCCGCUGUCAUUGUAUAUGCAGGACAUCACCUCCGUUACAAAAGUUGCGGACAUUCCCUAAAAAAGUACAUGCAGAGGGCGUCCUUCAUCCCGCUCAACGAUUUCUACCCCCCGCUCAUCAGCCUGUGGGAAGGAGAAGUCGAGAAGGAAAAGGAGAGCAGCUUGGAGCAGCCAGUCUUGGUGCCACCUCAAGAGGAUAAGACUUUUCCAUCGGUGGUUCAAAUUGAUACAUCAAAGACUUACAUGUGGCAGCCUUAAGCCCCUCCCCCCUGACACCACGAACUGGACGUUGGUCCCUGUGAAUUUCAUGCGUAGAAAACGUUUCUGUCUUAGAAAAUUUUUUGUACCAGCAAAAUAUGAGGAGAUGGUGACAUUAGCACAAUUCUGCCCUGACUGGCAUCAGCUAGAGACUUUGGGGACAUGUUUGGUUUUUCUUUUUGCUCUUGGUUUGACCUCCAUUACCAGCUUUCAAAAGUAAAUGGUGGCCAUUUAUACGUCACGUGUCUUUUGUGGAAAAAUGUCAAUAAGAAAGGGAUUUGGAAAGUU